AUGUCCGAUUAUCAUUUGCCAUUUCUUCCUCAACCAAUGAGGAAAUACGUAACCCCUUACAUUCCAUUUGCUUUAGGAGGUCUUUCUGGAUGCACUUCAACCCUGAUUAUUCAGCCGGUAGAUAUGAUCAAGGUUAGAAUCCAAGUACUGGCAUCCACACAAAAUCUCAAAUCGUCCCCUUUUACAGUAUUUUCAAACAUUUUGAAGAAUGAAGGUGUUUUAUCAUUUUAUAAAGGACUGGACGCAGCGUGCGCAAGACAGCUUCUAUACACAACCACAAGAUUGGGGCUCUUCAGAACCACGUCAGACUACCUCAAGAAAAGGAACAACUCAAACACUAUACCAUUCUAUCAAAAGUGUGUCCUGAGUUUGUUUUGUGGAGGUGUCGGAGCGGUUGUGGGAAAUCCGGCAGAUUUGGCGUUGGUCCGAAUGCAGUCAGACCUGUCCCUGCCAGCUGAACACAGAAAGAAUUAUACAGGACUAUUCAACACAAUAUAUAAAAUAGUUAGAGAUGAAGGCCUGUUUAAUUUGUGGAAGGGGUCUUUUCCUACAGUUGUUAGAGCCAUGAGCCUGAAUUUGGGAAUGUUGUCUUCAUUUGAACAGUCAAAGGAGUUUUUGGCCAAGUAUCUGAAGGAAGGAACAUUACCACACCUUUGCCUUUCCAGCGCAGUGGCAGGGUUUUUCGCAGUCACCCUUAGCCUUCCGUUCGAUUUUGUGAAGACGUGCAUACAGAAGGAAAGUCAGAAAGGAGCUGGCUAUAACGGUAUUCUGGACUGUAUUGUGAAAAACUACAAGCAAGGAGGAGUUUUAAGGUUUUAUUCAUCAUACGCUACAUAUUAUGUUCGCGUAGCUCCUCAUGCAAUGCUAACGUUGAUCCUAAUGGACACAUUUACAAGGUUUCUCAAGAAAAAGGAUCCCGCCCAAGAGAAGAAGUAA